AUGUGCAAAUUUUCAAGUGGAUGUGGAACAAGUGAUUCCAAAAAUUGCAAGGCAUGUGGUACUGCAUUAUGUAAAGGAUGUUCAAGAUCAUUAAAGACUGGAAAUCCACCACCAAGUGGAAAUGGUGCUGCUUGCCCAGACUGCAAGAAAAACUUCAGAUAA